AGACUCAGUAGAGCAAAUUCAGUAGCGAGGCGACAUGGCGCCGCCGAUCACUUCGCGUUUGUACUCCCUGCUGUUCCGCAGGAAUUCAACCUUCGCCCUCACCAUAGUAGUGGGCGCCCUUUUCUUCGAGCGCGCCUUCGACCAGGGCGCAGACGCGAUCUACGAGAACCUCAACGAGGGGAAGCUGUGGAAACACAUAAAGCACAAGUAUGAGAACAAGGAGUAAUUCCUGACAGCCAGAAGGAAUGGUUGCGCCCAUCAGCUGUUUGCCUGGAGCUGGGCCUCAGCCUGAGGAUGAGUUUGAAGUUACUCUUCAUGGACCAUCUGUAUAUUGGCAAGCACUGCCACCACCCCACAGACAGACUCUAGCUUCUGCUGUGUUUGAAGUGUAUUUGACGACAGUUAGCAGCAAAUAAAUGUAAAUUGUUCAUGAGA